CUGAAAACUGCCUGCUGGAGGAUUUCUACUACUACGACCACACCGCUCAGUGAUCCGAGUCUCAACCAUGGCUCUGGAGAGUCUGGAGCGGCGAAACAACAUAUAAACGACCCCACCGAAGUAUGCUAAGGUCCCAAUAUUUCAUGAGCACCAUCUGUGAGUCGUCAGCCAGAAGAGGAGGAACACAGAGGGAGCAGUGAGUCCGUGAGGAAACAUGGCCGUCUUUCAGAACAACUUUUGGGGGGAGAAAAAUGCAGGUUUCGAUGUUCUCUACCACAACAUGAAGCAUGGCCAGCUGGCAGCCAAAGAGCUCGCAGAGUUUGUCCGCGAGAGGGCUGCUAUUGAGGAAAGCUACUCAAAGUCCAUGAGCAAACUGGCCAAGACUGCGAGUAACAGCAGUGCACUGGGAACAUUUGCUCCGAUGUGGGACGUGUUCCGAGUGUCUGCGGACAAACUGGCGCUGUGUCACCUGGAGCUCAUGAGGAAAAUGAACGACCUGAUCAGAGACAUCAAUAAAUACGCAGAGGAGCAGGUCAAAGUUCACCGCAAGACGAAAGAGGAGAUGGUGGGCACCGUGGAGGCCGUUCAGGCCCUGCAGGUUCAGAGCGGGCACCUGCAGAAGUCCAAAGAGGGGUACCACGCCAAGUGUAUGGAGCUGGAGCGACUCAAGAAGGAGGGAGCGCCACAGAAAGAAGUGGAGAAGGCGGAGCUGAAGUCUAAGAAAGCGGCAGAGUCGUUUGCCCUGUGCAUCGAGAAGUACAACCGCGUGGGAGGAGAGUUUGAGCAGAAGAUGAGUGAAUCCGCACAGAAGUUUCAGGAGAUUGAGGAGACUCACUUACGUCAGAUGAAACAGCUCAUUAAAGGUUACUCUCACUCCAUAGAGGACACCCAUGUGCAGGUGGGACAGGUCCAUGAGGAAUUCAAACAAAAUGUGGAAAAUAUUGGAAUUGACAACCUGAUCCAGAGGUUUGCAGAGCAGAAAGGGACGGGCAAAGACAGGCCAGCUCUGGUUGGUUUUGAGGAGUACAUCACUGUGGCCCCUGAAGGAGUGAAGAAGACUCGAGGGAAAGCAUUCAGGCUCCCGGGGCUCGGCCGGAGAGACAAAGAACCAGACUCAACAGACUCAGCCAUGACAGAAACACUGAACUCUCCUCUUGAAGUGGACGACGAGGGCUUUGUAAUACGAGCUGAAAACACUCAAAAUGGUUGUGCUGAGGAGAAGGAGCACAACUUUUACUCCAGCGACUCGGACUUCGACGACGAGGAGCCCAAAAAGUUCCACAUUCAGAUCCGCCCGGUAACAAGCGGCAACAGGAGCAGUGCAGCCGCUCAGGAUCGAGAGCUGAAGGCCACAGUUGGGGCGCUGACUCUGCCUCCAAACAGAGGGAGGGCCCAACAGGCACCAGUCCAAAAACAUCUUUCCAGAAACUCGAGUGCCACAGGAGGUCGAUCAGAGGAGGAGGGUGCGUCACACAGGGAUGGAGACCUGGAUGGACUCAGGAGGUCCACGUCCAGCCCUGACCACAGCAGGUUGAGUUCUUCUGCGUCUGUGUCUGACAGUCUGUUUGGACCUCCUCUGGACUCAGCCCUAAAGUCCAAGAGCUGUGAGGGGAGAGAGCAGCUCAGAGGAAACAGCGUGUUUGGAGACACUGAAUACGCUGCCUUCUCCUCUGACUCCUCAUCUCCUGAAAACGUUGAGGACUCUGGUCUGGACUCUCCUUCUCAUCAGGCACUGGGGCCCUCGCCUGAACCGGGGCAGGGCUGGGCGGCGUGGCCUCCCGCCCCCCCGAGCAUGGACCAAACCCGGGGUCGCUCCUCUGACCCUUUCCUCUCCGCCUUCCGGGACCCCUCUCCUGGACCCGCCCGCCCCCGUUUCCACGACGACGGGGUGUGGUCGGCGCCCUCCUCUCGUCCGACCCGAGUCCCGCCGGAAAACGAUCAGACCUCGAUGCGUUUUCCGAACCUGCCCACCCCGGAAAUGGAGAACUCCGUGUGGAACUGUAAGCAUAUCCCCCAAGAAGACCCUUUUCUCGCUUUCGAACGAACUGUCAGUCAAGAGACGUUUUCAGACUCUUGGACCCGCCCACCUCCUCGCUCAGCCAAUCAGGAGAUACGAGGAGAUCCUUUCGCCGCUAUCGACAGUAAAAUACAAUCGAAUAAAACUCCCUCCUCUUCUUCUUCUUCUUCAAGUCAUCGCAAAAAGCAAGACCGAAAACGGGAUAGAAGUUUACCUCCUCCUGUUACUUCGGAAGACCCAUUUGCGAUCACGAUGAUUGGCAGCCCCACGCACCAAUCAGGACUAGCCCCGGGAGCUGGACUGAUCCCGCCUCCUGGUGCCAUAGCAACCAGUAACAACAAUAGAUCAGGAGUGGACGCAACUUUGCAAGCUAAAAAAGAAAUUUCACAUUGGAAUUCUGUGCAUAAUCCCUUCAACGAUGGGGUUCCAAGUGCAGUGGUUUUAACAAGCUCCAAGCCACAUGAUAAAACAGGAAGCAGUGGGCAAAAGGAGGGAGCAGGAGGAGGAGAGAGGAGGAAGCACCGAUCGUCGGAGAGUGAACCGCGUAGAAAUGGGCCCCCCCUCACCAGACACUCCGGACCACAGGAGGACCUCUGCUUCUCCACAGACAAAGACCAGGACUGUCUCGAUAUCAGCCAGCCCUGCAGCCUCGGGUCACAUAAAGGCUCAAAGCACAAAUACCGUCAGGAGCCACCAGAGGGCGUCACUGCUCCUUCAGCCCGAGUGACCCGCGCCAAAAGAACCUCUGGGCGACUCAGCGGCUCAGAGAGAUCUCGUUCUCUGUGCUCCUCGCCCCUCCCUGACCCCAGCCCCUCCCUCACCUCCUCCUCCUCCUCCAGCCCCAGUGAGUGGGGUCCCCAGACCAGAGAGGGAGAGUGGGGAACCCAGACCAGAGGGGGGGAGUGGGGGGAGAACCCCCGAGCCCCCAGCCCGGGCAGAGGACAGGUGUCGCCCCUGCCCUGUCAGCACCAGGACCACCUCCCAAGACAAUUGCACCUGUCUCGGGGUCCCAGUCCGAUCUCCCUCAGCACACAGGAGGCGUGGCCUGUAGCCGCCGCCAUCACUGAGUACAUCAACGCAUACUUUAAAGGAGGACAAAGCAACCGUUGUCUGGUGAAGAUCACGGGGGACCUCACCAUGUCCUUUCCAGCUGGAAUCACUCGAAUCUUCAGCGCUCACCCAAACGUCCCUGUGCUCAGCUUCAGACUCCUCCACAUCUCUCGAAUCGACCACUUCCUCCCCAAUCAGAAACUGCUCUUCAGUGACCCUUCUCAGAGUGACCCAGAGACUAGAGACUUCUGGUUCAACAUGCAGGCUCUACAGGUGCAUCUGCAGAGGGAGGCGGAGCUCAACCCCCAGGCCUCAUAUUACAACGUGGCUCUCAUUAAAUACCAGGUUUCUUCUCAGGACCCCGGCCGUGCCCCCCUCCUCCUCUCCGCAGAGUGCCAGCGCAGUGGCACAGUGACUCGUGUGUCUCUGGAUUAUCACUGCUGCCCGGCCACUGCCCCCUCCACUCAGCUCACCGCCGUCCAGGUCCUCCUCCCUCUGGACCACACCGCCACAGACCUGCAGUGCCAGCCCCCGGCCUCAUGGAACUCAGAGGAGAGGAGACUUCUGUGGAAACUGCCAAAUCUGUCCCCCACCAACCACAGCAAAGGCUCUGGUACCCUGUGUGCGAGCUGGCAGUGUCUGGAGGCUCCGCGGGGCCCGGCUCCCAGCCUGGCCGUGCAGUUCGUGGGCUCCGGGGCCUCUCUCUCUGGGAUGGACCUGGAGCUGGUGGGGAGCAGGUACCGGAUGUCACUCAUCAAGAAGAGAUUCGCAACAGGGAAGUACAUGGCUGGAUGCUCGCUCUAAAGGCUCACUGAGCCCCCUGCUGGACGGUCAGAGCACUGCACAAACUUUACACUGAAGACGCCGUGCACUUCUACUGAGACCAAGCAUUUCCUCAAUUAUCUCUACUCUUAUUUAAACCUGUGUUGUAUCCGUCUGUACUUCUGCCUCCUCAAAGCUGUUCUGUAAAAUCCAUAUGUAGAAGUUAUUUGUUUUGUAUUAAAUCAGAUAUCUGUGCCUUUGUAUUAAGGUUAUGUCCACAUUACUGCAUUUUCAUUUGAAAACUUUGGGCGGUUGAAUCCUUCUAGGACUGGAAAUAACUAUUAAAAUAAUCUUUACAUUUUGAUAAUUGUUAACGGGACUAGACAGACUCAAACACAUACCAAAAAAACUUUUAUAACAUCAUCAUUAUAAGGUCAAAAUGGCAAAAAUUCAUAAAUGAUGUCCUAUUUUCAUCAAUAAUACACUUUAUCUGUAAAUAUUUUCGAUUUGAAACUUUCAGUCACCAUAUUUCAAACUUUAUUUAGGUAAAAUAUAUUCCAAAAAGUCUAAAUAUACAAUCUAAUGUUAGCUGGAGCCCUAUAUCCUGUUAAAGGUGUAUAACAUUUUGGUUGGGGGUCCGUCACCUGCUUGUUUCUACGGAGAUAUCACUGCUCUGCCUGGAAUGUUCCACAGUAUGACUUUAAACUGCUCCACCUUACAUUUGUUCAAUUACAGGUGGUUUUAUAGCUCAAAAAUACCUAGAAAAACAAGGAUUCUGACUGUGAGCGGGGUCGCCUCUCCACAGAUCUGACCUGUAACUUCGGUCUAGUUUGGUCUCCAUGAGGACAGAAAGGUUUAAUUGUGUUAUACUGUGAAACAUUCCAGACAAAGCAGCAACAUCUCCAUGGAGAAAAGCAUUUAACAGACCCUCCACCAGAAAAGUUACACAACGCACCUUUAAAGUAGCGAGACAUGCCUACAAUUUCCAAACUUUUUCGACUAUAACCAACUCAGAUGUUUUUAAAUAAUACUUUUAAAAAUACAGUUUUGAUUUGAAAAUGCGUCAGCGUGAACAUAACCCAGAGAAUAGGGUCUGUAAUGUCAAAAACACUGGAUGAUUUAACCUGAACUCAAUAAAAAUAAGUUGCCAUUGUAAGUAGUAUUUUUUAAUUAUGUACAUACUAUUUAAAAGAUGUGGGUAGAUUUGAGCUGUUUGUA